AUGUCUCGUUUCUUUUCUUCCUCGGCUGCCAAUGCCAAGGCUGCUUUCAAAAGACUUCUGGGAUAUCCCCUUGAGAAGCUCGAUCCACGGUGGAAGUUGGCUGUGGAGACUUACAAGAAAAAAGGAGGUCCUCACAAAACCGGUCAGAAUGUAGCUGAUAUUGUGGUCUACUACCCGGCAGAUAGCUCCAGUCCAGUCCAUACCUCCCGAUAUAAUCCGAGCGAUACGAGACCGAUACUCAGUGUUAAGCUUAAGUUGGCGGAUGGCAGCUUUGCUCCGGGCACCCAUCAUAUCUUCAACGACGGUACGGGCACAGCUAAGAAGGAUGAUGAUCCGGAGUAA